AAAAAACUAAUUAUUAGAAAACAUAUAUAAACAUGUAAUUCUAAAUCAUAUAAUAUUUUGAUUAUAUAUUUUGAAAAUUUAUAUAAUUUCAUAUUUAUCAAUUAAAACAACCAAAUAAAAGAGUAUGGUAAUGCGAAUUUUUGUUUUUCCCUAUUUUCCUUGAGGAAUUUUAUAUUAGCAUCAACCUUAAGCAUUAUUAAUUCUUCACGUUUGUCUUUUGAUAACAUUUCUCAUGUAUCAUAGGGUUUACGAACCUCUUGGUAAAUGAAAUUACUUAGCAUAUUUAGUCAAGUUUAUAUACCAUUCUUAAAACUAACUAACACCAUGUUAUUGUUUGCUUGGAUUUAAAAUAAAGUGUGCCAUGCUAAUGCAUUACAUUUAUGUCAUUUUGUUUAUAGCUUAGAACUGGAUUCCUUUAAAGUUCUUGCUUAUCUACACCCUAGAAAUAACAUUUAAGCAUUUGUUUUUGUUACUUAUUGAAAAAAGAAACUAACAUCUACUUACUUUAUAUAUAGUUUAUCUAGUUUGUGUAACAAAUUCGUAUUACUGCUGAGUUCAAGAUUAUAUACAUUAUGUGAAAUGUAUGUAUGUGUACAUAUAUAAGCGUGUGUAAAUAAUGUUGCCAAUGCAGGAAAGUCUAUAUUGCACAAAUUUCUAGGCUAUGAGUUUUUUCUUUACGUAUGAAAGCUUUUUAAUGGAGUACUUGGAAAAACUUCACGAUCGAAAAUUAAUAUCUUUUACGUAAUUUACUCUAAGAGAUGAUAUGAUAUGAGUGAAUUAUAUACCAUGAACAAGGUAUACUAAUAUUAAAUAUUUUGAAUAGCAUGAAGUCGGUUAUUGAUAGAUACAACAAGAGCAAGAUCGAGCAACAACAACUAUUGAACCCCGCAUCAGAAGUCAAGUUUUGGCAGAGAGAAGCUGCUGUUCUAAGACAAGAACUGCAUGCUUUGCAAGAAAAUCAUCGGCAAAUGAUGGGAGAACAGCUAAAUGGUUUAAGUGUUAACGAGCUAAACAGUCUUGAGAAUCAAAUUGAGAUAAGUUUGCGUGGAAUUCGUAUGAGAAAGGAACAACUGUUGACUCAAGAAAUCCAAGAACUAAGCCAAAAGAGGAAUCUUAUUCAUCAGGAAAACCUCGAUUUAUCUAGGAAAGUACAACGGAUUCAUCAAGAAAAUGUGGAGCUCUACAAGAAGGCUUAUAUGGCAAACACAAACGGGUUUACACACCGUGAAGUAGCUGUUGCGGAUGAUGAAUCACACACUCAGAUUCGGCUGCAACUAAGCCAGCCUGAACAUUCCGAUUAUGACACUCCACCAAGAGCAAACGAAUAACAGAGAGAUUGAAGUUGGAAGAUACCAUGAUGUUGAAGAACACUCCAAAGGCCUUGGUUUGAAUAAGGUUCUUGAACUGGAAACCUCUAUACACCAAGCCACGUACGAUAAGCAGCAUGGUUCUUCUAACAUAGUCAUAUUUUCAAUCCUAAAUAUAAUUAAAGCAUAUAUAAUUAAAAUCCGGUGUUGUUAUACUCAUCUUGAGUAUUAAUAUUGUACUUGUUUAUAACCAUAGAUUCGUCAAUUAAUAGAGAAAAAUCAUAUGAAUUAUUAUCCUCAAAACUCUCUCAAAUAUCAAUAUUCUUAGAUCAAUAAUUUGUUUAAUAUAUAUAACCAUGCACUUGGUAAUUCUAAAAUGUUAAAUAAACAUUUUCUGUUAAGUU